GAAAUUGGAAAUGUUGCCCAUGAAACUAUUUAAUUAUACGCACUGAAUCUUGAGUAUAGCGCACAAAUGAAAGGAUUACACAGAUUUUUCUUCACGUUUGGACUGUUCGUUUUCAUCGCUGUACAAGAAACAGAAUCGGAAUUUUCAGAGGACAAAGCAGAAGAAUACGACAGCAUACUUUCGAUUUUCUUGAAAGAUGUCCUGGAAAAUUUCCGGGAGGAUAUGUCCGAAGGUAUCCCGGGCAUCAGUGUUCCGUCUUUAGACCCCUUCUUUUUAUCCAACAUAGAUCCUAUUACCAUAUACGAAGGUGAUGAGAUCUUCGAUCUGAUCGAUUUAAAGCUUAGGGUAAAGGACUUGAACAUAACAGGACUUUCGAAAUUCCAUAUCGAGAAUUUGAAGGUGGACGUAAGAAAGAGAUUUUUCAAUUUCAGUAUGUCUAUACCAGAACUGAUGACCAGUGGUCAGUACAACGUCAGUGGAGAAGCUCUGGAAAUGUUACGCGUUACAAAUGAUGGUUCAUUUUCCUUUCAUGUCAAAGAUGUGCAUAUUGAAGGGCAUAGUCACUUAAAUAUGCCAAAGAGUGAAAAUGCUCUCUUGCGUAUGACUGAUUUAAACCUCGAUCUAUCUUUUGGCGCAAUGGAGAUGGAAUUUCCGAAUUUGUUGGGAAAUGGAAGAUAUUCAAAAUGGCUGAUGAAAAUUUUGACUAGCCUGGGAAAAAAGCUUUUCAAGUAUUUUCAUAAGGAAGCAAUAAGAGAAAUAAGUAAGGAAUUGCUUUUGCUCAUCAAUAGGCAACUGGAUCGUGGAACAUUCACUCAAUUAUUGCUUGGUUGAUGAAGAAAAAAGCAUCAAUCAAGGAGUAGAGUACUCUAUAAUCCAUGAUAUUGACACUUUAAAUUGUACCAAUGGAAAUUUAACGCCUAAGUGAGCAGUAAUGCUUUUGCGAUGCGUUGAUUGACAAUUGAUAAAAUGUCAUUGUGAGAAUAUACAAAAGUUAG